AUUAUAGACUGUGUUAUUACUGUAAAGCGUCGCCCAUCCAAUGACAGUCAUUAUUAUGGAAUAUCUUCACCUCUCCAAAUAUACAAUUUAGUUCGAUUAUCGGAACUGACUGUUUGUAUACAACACAGUGACUAGUGAGAACAUGGGCCGACGAAAAAGCAAGAGGAAACCUCCGCCGAAGAGAAAGGCGAUCGAACCUUUGGAUCUGCAAUUUAAUUGCCCUUUCUGUAAUCAUGAAAAGUCAUGCGACGUUAAAAUGGACAAAGGAAGAAAUACGGCGCGAAUAACGUGUCGUGUUUGCCUCGAGGAUUUUCAGACAUCGAUAAAUUGCUUAUCAGAACCCAUAGACGUUUAUAACGACUGGAUUGAUGCAUGUGAAACUGCAAACUGAGAAAAUGACUAAUUUUAUGUGAUAAUCAGUUUUAUAAAAAGUUCGUAUUUUAUGUUAUCUGGCAAGAAUGAUUGAGAUUAAGCAGUCACGCGUAUUGUUAGUUUAGUACAGAGACCAGUUUGUUAAAGAGGACGAUAGUUCUAAAAACAAAAAGAUGUGAAAGUGUGCGCUGUACAAUAUUUGUGCUUGUAUUUUUCAUUUUUGCCUACUUGUUACUGUUUAGUGAAGGAAGCUCUGUAAUGUUAGUCGCAUAUCCUAUUAUAAUGUGUAAUAAUGUUACUGUUUCCCCUGGAUUUUCCGUUGGUUUUUUUUUUUUUUCCACGAAACAAAAAUAAUUUAGUAGAAUUGUAAACGGCAACAAGACUUAAAUAACCAGAAUGGGCAUAAGUCUGUGUCAAGGACAAGUCUUUGGUCAGAGCAUAUCUUCAAAACCAGUACCUGGCGUAAAUCUUUAUUAGUUACUUGUUGAUUUUGCUCACUGAGCAUGAAUUUUUUUUUGUAGGAUGUUAAGAAAAAAACAAGUAAUUUAUAGUUAAGAAUGUGCAACGCACACACCAAACAUUUUAUCUGUCGUUAACAGUCUAAAGAUUUGUGCAUAGAAGUAUAAUUUGUUUUCUUAUGUCACCAAUCAUUCCAUUAAUGCUAUUACUUUACAUCUCUUUGAUAUGUACUGUUGUUAGCAUGUUAAGAAAAUCUGUGGCUGAAAAUGCCACAUUUGUUUCAUCAUAUCACAUUCUUCAAAAUUUGGAAAAGAUAUCUAACACAAAAUGCCACAUUUCUUUUACUGUUUCACAUAGCCCUUUCGAAAGUAUUGAUUUAAGUAGUGUAUUAUUGAUUGUGCAAUAAACAAAGCAAGUAACAGACAGAAAAAUCUCAGAAUGCUUCCUUACAUCAAAAUAUGAUCAUCAUACCUUUCUGUUUCAAAAUAGUCUCUCAAACCUGUUACACUGCGUGCAUUCAAUUUAUUGUAGCAGUGCAACUGCAUUAUUGUUGAAAUAUUUCAAUAACUUCCAAGAACCUUUCAGCAGAACAUAAUUUUUCAAGGUACAAAGAGUCAGUCAAAUUAGGAAUCAUCUGUGGCGAAUAUGAGUGCUCUUUUAGACAUUUCAGGUAGUUCUCUUAUUUGCUUCAUAGUUGGCCAAUUAACAUCCAUUAUUUUGUUCUCUCGUUUACCCAGUUUAGAUCUAAAGAUUCCCAAGAUGACUUAUUUUUUGAUAUUAAGGAAAGUUCUCAGUGCAUCAUAGGUCUGCUGCCAAUCACAAGGACUAAAAAAAAAAUUGUGGCCCAAAUUGAUUUCAUUUGGUAAUGAAUAUAACUUGUUUUGUUCUCAUGUCAUUACCCUGGUAAAAUACAAACAUAAAUAAAAUUUAUUUGUAAAUGA